AUGACCGACGCAAUCAGUGACGAUGUCCACCGGCGAUCCUCGCCUUUGCCUCCGGCUCCGAUGGACGACUACACCUUCCCGGAGCUUCGUCUGAAGCGCACAAUGGACGACCCCGAAAAGACGCCGCUCCUCUUGGUGGCCUGUGGCUCCUUCUCACCCAUCACCUACCUGCACCUGCGCAUGUUCGAAAUGGCCGCCGAUUAUGUCAAAUUCAGCACGGACUUUGAGCUGGUCGGGGGUUACCUAUCCCCCGUGUCUGACGCCUAUCGUAAGGCCGGUCUGGCUAGCGCUGAACAUCGUGUCGCUAUGUGCCAACUCGCCGUGGAUCAGACCUCUGACUGGCUGAUGGUUGAUACGUGGGAACCGAUGCAGAAGGAGUACCAACCGACAGCCGUGGUGUUGGACCAUUUCGAUCAUGAGAUCAACACUGUACGACAGGGCAUCGAGGCCGGCAAUGGUACUCGCAAGCCCAUCCAGAUUGCUCUGCUGGCAGGUGCAGAUCUGGUCCAUACCAUGUCAACUCCUGGAGUCUGGAGCGAAAAGGAUCUUGACCACAUUCUCGGAAAAUACGGCACUUUCAUCGUGGAACGCACCGGAACCGACAUUGACGAAGCGCUCGCUGCCCUGCAAACGUGGAAGAAAAACAUCCAUGUCAUUCAACAACUCAUCCAAAAUGACGUCAGCAGCACCAAGAUCCGUCUGUUCCUGAGACGUGACAUGAGCGUCCGGUACCUGAUUCCCGUCCCUGUAAUCCAUUAUAUCGAACAACACAACCUCUACAAGGACGACAGCACAGCAUCAACCGACAAGGGCAAAGGCCGACAAGAUCCCGGAUCGUCGGGGUGA